AUGUGCGAAGAAUGUCAACUCAAAAAAAGGAAAAUUGCCAGUAAAGGUCUAGUUGUUAAGCCAUUGAUAAGUAAGGACUUUAACAGUAGAGCUCAGGUUGAUCUAGUAGACAUGCAGUCUAUGAGAGAUGGUGAUUUCAGAUUUAUCAUGCAUUAUCAAGAUCAUCUGACCAAGUUUGCUAUAUUGCGAGCACUUACAUCAAAGCACGCAUCAGAAGUCGCCUAUCAGCUACUAGAUAUAUUUUUACUUUUUGGUGCCCCACAUAUCCUGCAGUCGGAUAACGGACGUGAAUUUACGGCCAAUAUUAUAAAAGAACUGAAAGACAUGUGGGCAGAUUGUACAAUAGUUCAUGGAAAACCUCGAUAUCCUCAUUCACAAGGAAGUGUUGAAAGAGGAAAUGCAGAUAUCAAAUACAUGCUGGUUAUCUGGAUGAGAGAGAACAACAGUAAAAAGUGGAAUAUAGGGUUGAAAUUUGUUCAGUUUGAAAAAAACAACAGUCAUCAUUCUGGUAAAAACAGAUCACCAUACAAGGCAAUGUUUGGCUGUGAUGCUAAGAUAGGACUAUCAUCAUCAUCACUACCUCAAGAGAUUCUUGGUUCUUUGCAGACCGAAGAAGAUCUGAUUCAGCAUUUUCAAAGCUCUGAUAAGCCAGAUGAAAUAAGCAAUGAAAGGCCAAAUGAGUAA